CCCCAAAAAUUUGCAAUCUCCCUACAGUCGAGUCCCUCAGCUACACCGGAUUAAUUAAGAAUGAGUGAGAUGUCUGCUCAUCAACAACUUCCAUCCUUAGCUGCUGAACGUCGUCGUGCAGAAUAUCAUCCUAGUGUGUGGGGAGACUUUUUCCUCGCAGAUGAUGCUGCUCAAGAAAGGAUGGACUUUGAUGACACGUCAAAGCAACAAAUUGAAGACUUGAAGAACGAGGUGAAGAGGAUAUUUGAAGUUGCUGCUUCCGAUGAUAACCCGAGAGAGCUAUUAAACUUGGUCAAUCAUACUCAACGUCUAGGCAUCGGUUAUCACUUUGAGAAAGAGAUUGUUGAAGCUCUGAAGCAAGUUCACGAGAGAAGCAUCGAGUCUGUGGAUGGUCCAAGCUUUGCCAGUGAUCUUUACACCACUGCCCUCAUGUUCAGGUUGCUAAGGCAGCAGGGUUACAAGAUAAAUAGCAGUGCGUUUAGCAAGUUCAAGGGUCCGGACGGAAACUUUGAUGAGUCACUUGAAACCGACGUGAGAGGUUUGCUGAGCUUAUAUGAAGCUAGCCAUCUCCGGACUCACGGAGAGGAUGUUCUUGAGGAAGCCCUAGCUUUCACUCUCACCCACCUUGCCUCCACGAAUGAGAAGCUCGGCCCUGCCCUAAUUAGAGAUGAGAUAAGCCGCUCCCAAAGGCAGUUUAACAUUCGUAAGGGGUUAACAAACUAG